AUGACUUUAACAUGUAUUUGCAGCAAACUGCAUUUGACAAUUUGUAGGUUCAUACCAGAACAUCGCAAGCAAGGUAAAUUAUACUGGGUUUAUAGCGUGUUCUAUGAUUGGCAGGUUCGUGAAUAUGAGCUAACAAAGGAAAACUUCUCGCGCACUGGGAACUUUGGCUUUGGAAUCCAAGAGCACAUUGAUCUUGGAAUCAAAUACGACCCCAGCAUUGGGAUUUAUGGCAUGGAUUUCUAUGUGGUGUUGGGACGUCCUGGUUUCAACGUUGCCGAACGAAAAAGGAAACGAAGCCGUGUCGGCUUUAAGCAUCUGAUCACGAAGGAAGAAUCCAUGAAGUGGUUCCAACAGAAGUAUGAUGGCAUUUUGCUGUCUUCCAAGAAGAAGAAGUGAUGGUGCUUUUUCCUUUUUUUUUUGUAAAUUCUUUGCCUUGAAAUAUGCCCAAUUAAAUGCUGGAUCAAUACCACCAACAUGGUGUUA